CUGCCUCAUCUCACUUCUGUAAGAAACGCGGCAAUUCCUUGAGAGCUGAAUCCUCAGAUCAGACUCAUCGAUCCCGAUCUCCCUACGGUGACGACUACGAACGACAAAUAACGUGUCCGAGAAAUCAAAGCUCCAUCUGAUCUUGACAGACUUCGGAAUCGAAUUCGAACAGGUCUCAUCUGUCGACGGCCGAAGCAUUAUAACAGUUCAAAAGCGCAAAAUCAGAGACCGGGUGCUCGCAUGGGCUAGAGAGUGCUGUUAUGUGGUGGCAUUUGGACCAGAAGUCUUGGCUGUUAGCAGAAGGAACUUGGAAAUGCAGAACAUUGGGAACGAAUCAAAGUGAGAGUAGCAGUAUGCGGCGUGCAUCGAAACGUUUUGCUUUGGGGUGACAUCAAUCUCAAGAACUUUACAAAUGAGUUAGAUGAUCGGAAUACUCGGUACCUAAUGAGCACAGUAACGAAACUCAAGUUUUCUUCCUCAUGGUCCUAUCUCACUUCAGACGCUCCUCGAAUGGAAUCGGAAUAUCGGAAGGAAAAAUGUAGUGAGUACCUCCGGUAGUAGAUGCGACGUUCUGUGCAGCAGUAUCUA